AUGGCCCAAGAAGAGUCAGUGGGAAUCGGGGACUUUGUUCUCCUGGAUGAAAUAACAGUCUCCAAAGUCGUUGAUAACCUUCGGAUCAGGUUCAAUGGUGGUAAAUACUAUACUUAUAUCGGAGAGGUCUGUGUCAGUGUUAAUCCCUACAGGAGUACUAAUAUUUAUGGACCCGAACAGAUUAAUAAAUACAAAAACAGAGAAUUAUUCGAGAAUGCGCCUCAUAUAUUUGCAAUCGCGGAUGCAGUGCAUCGUGAAAUGAAACAGCAGGGCCGGGACACCUGCAUUGUCAUAAGCGGUGAGUCCGGCUCAGGGAAAACGGAAGCAAGUAAAAUAAUAAUGAAGUACAUUGCUGCAAUAACUAAUUUGUCUGGCCAGCAUGAAAUUGAGAGGGUCAAAAAUAUUCUAAUCCAAUCGAAUUCAAUCCUGGAAGCCUUCGGCAAUGCUACGACCAACAGAAACGACAAUUCCUCGCGCUUCGGAAAGUAUAUGGACAUUAAUUUUGACUUUAAAGGCGAUCCACUGGGCGGACACGUUACUAAUUACUUGCUCGAAAAGUCACGGGUCGUUUAUCAACAAAAAGGAGAGCGGAAUUUUCAUUGUUUCUAUCAAUUAUUGAAUGGAUGCAGCGAAAAUGAAUUAAAUAAACUGGGUCUGAUAGCCGACGCCGGUAGAUAUUAUUACACUAGCCACGGCAAAGAUAGCAAAACAAGCGUAAGCGAUAGAACAGAGUACAAAGCAGUUGUAUCAGCGAUGAGUAUUCUAGGUUUCAAUUUAAGUGAGAUAGAAACAGUCUGGAGUAUUAUCGCUGGUAUUUUGCAUCUAGGUAACAUAACAUUCACACUAGAAGAAGAUAAAUUAGUAAUCGGGAAUAAAGGAGCGCUGAAUGAGUCCGCAAAGCGGCUGUCAAUAAGCCCGAGCGCGUUGAGCACCGCGUUGUCUCAACGAGUGAUAGCAGCUGGAGGCGAGGUCAUGCAGAAGAACCACACAUUGGCAGAAGCUGAGUAUGGACGAGACGCGCUUGCAAAAGCGAUCUACGAGCGACUGUUUUCCUGGAUAGUGUCCAGAAUUAACGGCUCGAUAAAUGUUGAUGAGAGAAAUUCAUACAAGAGCUACAAGGGAACUCUUAUAGGUGUCUUGGACAUCUACGGGUUUGAGAUUUUCAACACCAACAGCUUCGAGCAGUUCUGCAUCAACUACUGCAAUGAGAAGCUCCAGCAAUUGUUUAUUGAGUUAGUCCUCAAACGCGAGCAAGAAGAGUACCAGCGGGAAGGGAUCACCUGGCAAGCUGUUAAGUACUUCAACAAUCAGGUUAUUUGCGAACUUGUUGAGCAGGCACACAAAGGCAUCAUUGCUAUCAUGGACGAAGCUUGCUUGAAUGUCGGAAAAGUUACUGAUGAGAUGUUGCUUGAAGCAAUGGAUCAGCGAUUGGCUAAUCACAAACACUUUACCUCCCGGCAAUUAAAUCCGAUGGAUAAAGAACUUCAGCAUAAAACUCAGUUCAGGAUUAAACAUUAUGCUGGUGAUGUGGUUUAUAAUGUUCAUGGGUUUUUGGACAAGAACAAAGAUACUUUGUUUCAGGACUUUAAAAGACUUCUUUAUAAUAGCGAUAAUAAGAUUGUUAGCUCAAUGUGGCCUGAAGGAGCUGAAAAUAUUGCUAAGACAACAAAGAGGCCAUUGACAGCAGGAACAUUAUUUAAAAAUUCAAUAGUAUCUUUAAUAAAAAACCUCACCAGCAAAGAGCCAUUCUACAUAAGAUGCAUAAAACCGAACGAAGUAAAAUCACCCGUAGUAUUUGACGAAGAAAGAGUGGAGCACCAGGUCCGGUAUCUAGGAUUGGUAGAAAACAUUCUAGUCCGGCGAGCGGGAUUUGUCUACCGUCAACGCUACGACAGAUUUUUAAAGCGUUACAAAAUGAUAUCUCAGUACACGUGGCCGAAUUUCCGCGGUGGAAAUGACAAAGAGGCGGUGCGUACACUGAUGGAAGAAAAAGGAUUCGCUCAUGACGUUAAAUACGGUCAUACAAAAAUAUUUAUCCGCUCGCCUCGAACGUUGUUCGCGCUUGAGAAAGCAAGAAGUGACUUGAUACCGGGUAUCGUAGUCCUCUUGCAGAAGCAAUGGCGCGGUUACCUGUGUCGGAUGAAAUACAAGAAAAUUAAAGCCGUCCUGGUUAUGGUGAAGCACUACCGCCGCUACAAGCAGCGCUCGUACAUCUGCGAGCUCCAAAAGACCUUUAAAACCGCCAAGACAAUGCGCAAUUACGGCAAGUUGCUGCUUUGGCCGCAUGAGAAUUACGCAAUAAGGCCGGUGAUUCCCGCUUUGAAGAUGAUGUACGCGCGUUGGCGGGCCUGGAUGAUUCUACGGGUGAUCCCACGCGAAGAUUGGCCGCAGUUGAGGUUAAAAAUGGCCGCUGGUGCUGCCCUCAGGCCCAAGAGACAGUACUGGGGCCAGGAGAGACGCUGGGAAGGAAAUUAUCUGGCCAAGCCUGAUGAAAAUCCUCAGUACAAUGUCUUUAAUUCUUCUAUUAAUAAUUUAAAGAAUACUGAUCAUUUCAAGACUGUGCUCUUCAGUGCCUUUAUUAAAAAAACCAAUAAGUUUGACAAACAAGCUGAUCGCGUUCUUGUUGUCACUGAACACGCCAUCUACAAAUUAGAGAGCUCGAAAUUUAAAAAUAUGAAAAAGGGGAUUCCCAUUGCGGAAAUAACGGGACUAAGUAUUGGAUGGGUAUCAAGCGGCGUGAUUGUUGGGCCAGAAACUCCAGUGUAUUAUAUAGAAAAUUUACGCAAUGAUUUUAUAAAAAUUAAAGCUUCUAGACAUGUAAUAGCAGUUGUUGAUUACUACUAUUCAAAUCAGACAUUGCAAGAAAUAAUUGCCCCGUGGUACAAAGUAGCCGAGCUUUUUGAAAAAUUAGAAACUCCUAAAAUAAGAAUUAAUAUUGCUGGAGUUGUUAUUCCGAAUAAUGAGAUUUGGAGUUCAGCACAAGUAAGAAAAUUGCCGAACGGUAAUUCGAUAAAGUACUACAGUGUUCCAUUGACAUUGGAAACAAUGACGACCUGGUUCCUGAACAACGCACACGACUUUGAAGCGACAUCCUACCAUAUGUUUGCCUACAUGUCAAAAUACCUGUUUAUCGAUCCUGCGGACACGAACAGCAAUUGCUACUAUAAUUACAUUAUGGGCCCGUGCACUUGUGUGAAGGAAAACGAACCUGGAUCGGCAUUUGGAGGGCUGGUGUGGAAAGAACAUGAGUUUACUUUUAGCGCUGCACAACUAAUCGCAAUAGCGCUAGGAAUUCCUUUGGACGACAUAUCAAAAUGUGGAACCGGUCAUAUAAUGGCAAUGAUGGAUCACAGCGCCAACGCAACUUGGUCGGAAUGUUCCAAAGAAGCUUUCAAGAACUUCAACAGAAAUUCUAACUACGAUUGCAUGCGAACUAUUAUUUACAAAGGAGAAAAUGAUUACGAAUAA